GUGAUACAAUGUUACUUAAAAACAGAAUUUAAUUUCUCCCACGAUUAAAAAAGAGAAAAGCGUUUUUAAUAGCUAUUAUAAAAUAUCUUCAAACAUGUUGAAUGAUUUUGCUGAUAGUAAAUACAGUGGUAUAGUGAACAAACGUUUCGUACAUACGUGCCGUGUGAUUCACUUAAAGACCAAAUUGGCGAUCAUGGUGACGCUCUUAGCGAUGCUAACCUUUAUUGAUUCUGCGAGGAAAUCCGUGGGGACAGCCCCGAAGCUAGAAACAUCGUAAAAGCAGUGAAACGUUUAUCACCAUCACCAUAACACAGAUUACCAUAAAAAGUUCGACUCGAACGAUCUAACUGCACAGUUACGUCCCAUCCAAUUAUUCGCGAUGAAACAAACAUUUGCCUACACCUGUUGAUAUUUUUAAGAAGAAAAGAUCAGCGAGACUGAUCGCGUACAAUCAUGGCAUGAAAUACGAUAACGAACAGCAGCAGGAUGACGUUUUUCGAUUACAAUAUGUCUGGUAACGCAGUACCAUCCAUCGACUACCUCGGUAAUAUGGAAGCCGAUCAAUCAUUCGCUAACAGCGUAUCACAACUGUCAACAAUGAGUUCCGUGAUCGUAAACGUUACACUACCAGCCAAUGCGAAACCUAAUCACGACGGCCUUUUGGAAACUUUAAUUAUUCCAUUAUACGGAACGAUUUUUCUACUUUCGGUGGUCGGAAAUUCAUUGGUUCUGAUCACAUUGGCCCGCAACAAGAGGAUGAGGACUGUCACCAAUGUGUACUUGUUGAAUUUGGCAGUUUCGGAUUUGCUGCUCGGUGUCUUCUGUAUGCCCUUCACUCUACUUGGCCAGAUUCUGAAGAAUUUCGUCUUUGGGAUUACGCUAUGCAAACUUAUAUCGUACUUCCAGGCUGUGUCAGUUUCUGUAGGAGUCUGGACACUCGUCGCAAUUUCAUUGGAGCGGUACUUCGCUAUUUGCAGACCGCUGAAAUCAAGACGAUGGCAAACCGAGUUCCACGCUUACAAGAUGAUCACUGUUGUGUGGAUAGCUAGUCUUACGUGGAACGCGCCUAUUCUAAUUGUCUCGCAGCUUAAAAGUAUACGCGGAGGGAGACACAAAUGUCGAGAGAAAUGGCCGAACGUGGGUACUGAGAGAGCUUACAACUUGUUUUUGGAUGGAACGUUGCUCUUGGUCCCUCUAAUCGUAAUGAGCCUCGCUUACUCAUUAAUCGCUGCAGAACUUUGGCGCGGCUUACGACAGGAAAUACGACAAACAUCCAACUGUCAACGACGUCUUGAGAGAACAGAAUCCAGUGGAACAGUCCGGAAUUCAUCGUACGACAGGAGUGAUGGAAGACCGAGCACGAUGGUUGUCCUGAAUGAUUGCAGCGCAUCCUCGAGAUUAAGGCGAGGAUUUUCCACUUCCCAUGGAUAUUGCAACGAUGCACCGCACAGGAUGUCGUCCAGGUUUCGUAUCCCGAGAUCGAGGAUUUCUAGGACUCCGAGCAGCAAAUGUCAAGGGCCAGAAUAUCCCCUCGAACCAAGGACACAAAUCAGGACCAAUGGAAACAGUUAUUUGACGAGAGAUACUGCGGAUACUAUUACCGAGGAACAGCAGGACUCCAGUAGUCCUUUUAGCCGACAACAUGCCAUACGUAGCAAUUACAUGGGCAAGAGUAUCGAGGCAAAGAAAAAGGUGAUCAGAAUGCUGUUCGUAAUUGUGCUGGAAUUCUUCAUCUGUUGGGCACCGCUGCACGUGAUCAAUACUUGGUAUCUUUUCGCCCCGGAAUUGGUAUAUUCUAUGGUCGGAAGUACAGGCGUUAGCUUGGUGCAGUUACUCGCCUAUGUUUCCAGUUGCUGCAAUCCCAUCACUUACUGUUUCAUGAACAGAAAGUUUCGCCAAGCGUUCCUGGGCCUUUUCAACUGCCAUCGUUGUUGGAGAGUAGGGUGCAGAGACGGCGACGUCGCCAUGACGUCGACGAGGAACGCCAUACAGGUUGGAAACAACAGUGAGCUGAGCGGUAAUGAAUCGACAAUCUACCUUGGAAAGGCUUCGCUUGUUGCUAAAUCCGAGGUAGUGAGACUCCUGGAGGAAGAAGACCAUGUCUAGUACAGGCGGAACGCGUCCUGCAGCGAAAAUCUGAGGUCGAACGUAAUGUUGUUACAAAGCGGCAACGAACAGGAUGACUUUUUCCUGAAAAUAUCCUGGCGCUCGACCAACGAUAGGGUUGGUUCAGCCAGAAAUCGAACGCUAAAUAAUCAGCAGUCUUGCUCAUCGAGAUCAUCCCGCGUGGGUAACCUCAAUUUCCUUUACGACUGAUGACAAAGAACUAUUCCAAGGACUUGUGCGUAAUCGAACGGGAAAUCUCGAGCGACAACUGAGAGAACGUUCUUACAACUGUUUACGACGCAACGAUUUUUUCAAACCGAAAACUUUCUUCCUGGUCGAAAAUCCCUUGUGGAACUUAUGGUUAUACGAGGGUCAGUGAAUUAUACUUCUAAAUCGUAAUUUUAAAGAGGUACUCCUCUUAUAGUUUGUGGUAUUCUGUACAGUGCUAAUAUUAGUUAGGGUUGUGUUCAAAGAUUCAACUCGAUUGCAUCAGUCGUAUCCUGUAUUGUGACAUAGUAAUCAUUAGACUGUGGAUUUUAUGCAUUUGUGAUAAAAAUAACUAGGUCGGAUACCAGGCAAUGAAGCCAUCAGAAGAAUUUAAAAACAUUCAUAUGUUCUUCUCAAUUUAUUAAGAUCAUCGAAAGAAGAAAUACAUUUUUAU